AUGGCUCAAAGCUACAAGUCGUUGAAGGAAGAGUUCGUUUCUGGUCUCAAGGGAGGUAAGGUCUCGGAGAUCAAUUAUGUGACAGCGAUUGCACCAGCAUCCUACCUCCUCUGGUCGGUCCUUCAAGCCCGCCAUGAUUUCUUCACCAGCCUCGACAUCCGAGCCUUCCUUGCCGACUUCCUUCUACAAGUCGUCACCAUCCUUCUCUCGAUCACGCUUUAUUCCUCCAUACCAAUCUUCUUCAAUAUUCUCCUUCUUACAAUCGCCGUAGCUGCCUAUCUUGUUUCCUCGACGCGUCGUAGAUUCCGCAAACCUUCAGCUUCCGCAAAAGAAAACAACUCAGACAAAAAUCCAGAAGAUGAUCUUGAUACUAUACCUGUCCGUCCUUUCAUCACCGCCUACAGGGGCGGUAUGAUCAUAAUAACCUGUCUCGCAAUCCUUGCGGUCGACUUUCGAGUCUUCCCUCGACGCUUUGCGAAGGUUGAGACAUGGGGUACGUCCCUCAUGGACAUGGGUGUGGGAUCCUUCGUCUUCAGUGCUGGACUGAUUUCAGCUCGACCAAUCUUGAAAGCUUCAGAAUCUCCUUCAAUCGCAAGCCAGCUCAAACUGUCCAUUAGAACUUCCAUACCUCUUCUCAUCCUUGGCGUCAUACGCCUUUACAGCGUAAAAGGACUCGACUACGCCGAGCACGUUACAGAAUAUGGCGUACACUGGAACUUCUUCUUCACACUUGCCUUGCUUGCUCCUGCUGUUGCCUUGCUCAAGUGCCUUCCAAUGAUCAACUACUUGAGUCUCUACAUCGUAGGUUUCUUCAUUAACUUUGGCUACACAUUCUUGCUCGACAAUACGCACGUCGAGAUAUUCAUCCUCACAGCACCGCGCGGGCCUACAUUCUUCUCAAAGAAUCGAGAAGGUAUCUUCUCCUUCCUCGGCUACCUCGCGAUCUUCAUUACCGGCCAGGCCGUCGGUGUGAGUAUUCUUCGCCGUAAUACUAAAAUGUGGUUUUGUGCAGACGAUGCUCUGGGAAGGCGCGUCGCACUUCUUGCACUUCUUGUGAUAACGACUGUGGGCUAUUACAACCAAUAUCGCGUUUCAACCGGACAGAGUAAGAUAGCCUAUAAAGCUGAGGUGUCGAGAAGAUUGGCGAAUGCGCCAUACAUUGAAUGGGUUGUCUGGUUCAAUUGCAUGCAACUACUGGCCUAUUGUGCGGUCGAAACUUGGAUUUUUCCUGCAGUGUAUAAAGCGACUACGAGGAACGGGGAACAACGAGCCGUGAAGAAGGCUACUAGCACAGUGCUCAAAGCAUUCAACAGAAAUGGACUGGCCAUCUUCUUGGUGGCGAAUUUGUUGACAGGAGUUGUGAACCUCAGCAUGGAUACGCUGAACGCUAGUAAGACCAAGGCAAUGUUUGCGGAUUCACCAAUCAAGUUCAUACAAAGAUUCAUUCUCGGCUUAGUACUCUACCCCAAGUUUAUCGGUCCACCUUCCAGCCUAAACAAAGCGGCUCCGAUGCCUUUCGCCAUCAACAUCGGCGAUAUCAUCGCCCUCGGCAACCUGAUCAAGGACAUUAUCAUUGCGCUUGAAGACAGUAAAGGCUCUUCUGCAGAAUACGAAGAAUGUAUUCGAAAGCUCGAAUGUCUCAAGCGAAUACUGCGAGAAAUUGAAGUACUCGAUGACUCUCUAGUCAAUGUCACAGAAUUACACUCGCUACGCCAAACCAUUCAUUGCGUCAUCAGACAGUGUCAGCAGUACAUCGAUCUUUUCCUGGAUAGGAUUGCAAAAUUCGAUCCAAGUCUACGCCGAGGUACUUCUCGAAAGCGGAAACGAGAUGCCUUGAGAAAAUUGCAAUGGCGCGUCUGUCGGUCAAAGGAUCUGGUCAAGUUUCGGACCGAAGUCAAUGGGUAUUGCUCGAUCUUUGGCGUUCUACUACAGAUCACGAACAUGCGUCUCUCAGAACUCAAGGAGCAGAACUUGCACUCACGCUUAGCGACCGCCGACGACAACGCGCUAGCCUCUACAAAAGAGGUCUUAGUAUUACUAAACGAAGUCAAGAACCACCUCCGGGACAAUACGAAGCAGAUCCAGGCUGGGAACGCAGAGACGUCGAAAGCCAUCGGGUCACUCCGGACAGACUGGCUAAGCACCGUCAAUGUCGAACUCAAGGGUCUCCUUAAAUCUAUCUUUCUGGCGGCCUUUGCGACCUACAAAAUUGCAGUCGAUGUACGGAAGGGCUUGUCUACUCAUCUUGAACGCUGGGUCUGCCAGCAACCAUUUCUGCUCAUUGAUGCCCACGAGCGACACAUGCCAAUCCAUAUGGAUACCAUUAAUUCAUGGGGCGCAUUUGAUGCGUGGCUAGAGUACCGAUUCAAGGCCAAGUCCGGCGAUGAAAUGGUUCAAAAUCGACAAUAUGUCCUCCACAACAGCGAUGCGAAUGUGGACAUUGAUCGCGAUAUCCCCUUUGAGAAGGCGAUAUCAGCGGGAAGCAAGCUUGUGAUGUGCAUGACAUUCUUCAGUGAUAGAUUAUUUUCAACAGAUGGCUGCCCCGUAUGCGAUUUUCUUAGCGUUACAUUGGAAGAUGAGGAUGUACAUUGGUAA